AUGCCUGAAGAAGGGUCCGACACAUAUUAUCUUCCGCCACUCUGGUGUCUCGACAAGUUAAAGGCGUGGGAUCAAACACAUCGAUUUCGUUUAGUUUCAUCUAGUUUAAAGCUAGUUUUUAUUGUUCAGUCAAUUGACAAUAACCAACGUUGUUCUGACUUUAGCAUGGAGACUGAGAAGGAGAGCGUGAACGUUCCCAGUGGGGGGUUUCAGCCAAGCGAUGAGGAAAUCGAAAGAUGGAUAGACAGUACCUUUGACAUGGCAAAAGAGGCACUGGAAAACGGAGAGGUUCCUGUCGGGUGUAUCCUGGUCUACAACAAUGAGGUCAUUGGCAAGGGCAGAAAUGAUGUGAACAAAACCAAAAACGCUACUCGCCACGCGGAGAUGGUGGCCCUGGACCAGGUUCUAGAAUGGUGUAACCAAAGAAACACUGACUUCCAGACAGUGUGCGAGCGGACGGUACUGUACGUUACCGUGGAACCCUGCAUCAUGUGUGCUGCAGCCCUACGCUUGUCACAUAUUCCCAUGGUGGUAUAUGGCUGUGGCAACAGCAGGUUCGGAGGCUGUGGCUCCGUUUUGGAAGUGUCCUCAGCAGACCUCCCGAGCACAGGGAAGCCUUUCAAGUGUGUGUCAGGGUACAGAGCAGAGGAGGCAGUGGAGAUGCUGAAGACUUUCUACAGGCAGGAGAACCCCAACGCUCCCGUUCCCAAGGUGAAGAAGAACUGAGUUACAACCUUUGCUCACCAGGGGGUGCUAGAGGAUAAGGAGUGAGCCCACAUGAGCGAGGACAGGAACAAAAUUGUUUUCCGCCUGAGAAUAUUUGUCCAAAAGUAGAAAAGAGAGGUGUCCUUAUUUUUCCCUCUCCAAAAUAUAGACCAAGCCUACGCGUUUAUCUAUUUUUUCAAUUCUCUACUUUUUUUACUUGCUGACUUUUCAAUAGGAAACACCGUUGAUGUGCACAUCAUCUUGUGACUGAGGCGUUCAAUAAUGAGACUCAGCUACAAUAAAGUGGAGUGACGACAACUGAUUUGUAUGGUAAUUAU